CAAAGAACGGUCGGUUUAGUUGCAUUCAUUUAGGUACCAGAACACUUCAAACAGGUUUAGUCUGAAGCAUUAUGCUUUUGUAGCAUGUUUUGUUUUUCUCGUCACUGUCAUUUUGAAUGCUUAAUAUUAAAACGUGACGACUUUUAUGAAACAUAACACUUGCCGUGCGGUUAGAUGCGAAAUUGCAUCACAGCGUUAGUGCAACUGACCAGUUAAAACGCGCUCACGAGGCGCGCGCUCCAGUGCUGAGAAAAUCCGAUUAAGAUUUAAUCUGUAGUCCAGAAACCCUUCAGCGUGCAUUUUGCAUUCUGUUUUAUUGUCUGUUCACCUAGUAAAUAGAUGUGACAUUAUAUUUUACAGUUACAGUGCUCACUUAAACUAAGUUUUGCUUCAUUUUGUGGAGCUGCCUGUAAAUGUAGGCUACUUAAUUGCUGUUGUUAUGCGCGCAAUCGAUAGGUUUAUAAAAUAUAAAGUAGCCUAAGUCAUAACAUGGCUGGGAUUCUGAACUGAAAACUAAUUCCCCUUAUCAGUGGUAAAUAUAGCCUAGUGUUGUUAAAGUUUAUUGCUUUUAUUAGGGUUUCAGACUAGAGUUCAGCGUUGAGAGGAAGGUAUGGGGGCACGAAAAGUUUUGGUGACAGGAUGCUCCUCAGGAAUUGGUUUGGCGUUGGCUGUCCGUCUUGCAAAAGAUGAGUUGAGGCGCUUCAAAGUUGUGGCCACCAUGAGGGACCUGGAUAAGAGAGAAGCUCUGGAGAGAGCAGCCGGGGCGACACUUAACCGAUCCCUGGAGAUCCGACAGCUGGAUGCCACCUGUGAGGACUCCAUCAGAGAGUGCGUCAACAGCUUGUCAGAUCGACGAGUGGAUGUGUUAGUGAAUAAUGCUGGUGUAGGCAUGAUUGGUCCUCUGGAGUGUCAGAGUGUAAGUGCUAUGCAGGAACUCUUCAACACUAACUUCUUUGGCCUGGUGAGACUGGUGAAGGAAUUGCUGCCUGACAUGAAGCGACGUCAGAGUGGACAUAUCGUAGUGAUGAGCAGCGUCCUGGGCAUCCAAGGACUACUUUUUAAUGAUCUAUAUGCUGCCUCCAAAUUUGCUGUGGAAGGUUUUUGUGAGAGUCUUGCUGUGCAAGCUAUGAAGUUCAAUGUCAAGAUGACUUUAGUGGAGCCAGGCCCAGUUGUAACUGAGUUUGAGAACAAAGUGUAUGAGGAGGCAGAGAAGAUGGAACUGUCAGAGGCUGAUGAGGAGACAGCUCAAAUCUUCCGUCAGAUCUACCUACCAUAUUCACGCAAAAUUUUUCACUCAAUCGGGCAGACACCUGAGGAGGUGGCAGAGCAAACAUUCAAGCUGAUUGUAUCCAAGAACCCUCCAUUUCGUCAUCAGACCAACCGUUUGUACAUGCCGCUGACUGCCAUGAAGCAUGCUGACCCCACAGGGCGACUACCCAUAGACGCAUUCUAUAAAAUGAUCUUCCAGCAUGACCGUGUGUUUAGUGCUAGUCUGAGUAUUAUGCGCAUCCUACACAGGAGAAUGGGUCAAGGUGCUGCCUAAGGAGAGAGAAUUCUGAUCCACUUUACAGCCGUAGCAUUUUAGUGACAGUUUCAUAACCCCAAAAUGAUCUGUUCUGAUAGGGUCUCGGGUAUUUGCAAUGCAAAUAAUGAAAUGCAACAAGCCAUAGUUAGCAUUGCAAUAAUUUUGAGACUGUGAUUGGUCGCCAGUUGAUGUCCAAUGUAAAAUGUGGAUCUUGCAGCAUUGUUCUAACUUUAACCUUAAGAAAUUUGUUAGAACCAAGAUCAAAUACAUAAUGUUUAGUUACAAUUUGCAGUGUAUAUUGCAUUUUAACAGUCAAAUGUUUUAAGUAGUCUAUUAAAUAAAUUAUGAAAAACGUU